ACAUUUUUUUAGAAUAUUUUGCUGUCAAAGAUUAAAAAAGACCUCAAUGCAAUUUUCAAAAAGGAUUAAAAUAUCGCUAAAAGAAAAGGAAGAAGACCUUAAUGUCUCCUGUCAGUUGUCACUACUCUGUGUGACAUAAAAAAGUGUCAACAUAAAACAUAACCUCUUUAUUUAUAUACUUACCAAAUUUUACUUUUAAACAAUGUACAUAAUAUAUCAAUUAUAACUAAUCGGAUCAACAAUGAGCUUUGACUACACACCAAAACACCAUAUUACCUUAAGCAACUAUAAGGGCGAACUUAUAAUCAAAAAACAAGAAGAUACGAAUCCGUCUGAAAAAACUUAUCAAUUAGCAAGUUUUUUUAACAUAAUAUCAGAUGAAAAAGCCGACAGUAUUAAGCAGGGUUUAAACAAAAUCACCAUCCUGGACUUGUCUUAUUGUGAUUUAACCGAACUGCCUAAAGAAUUGAAAUUCCUUUUCCUAAAGGUGUUGAAUGUGUCUCAUAAUAAGCUUACGGCGCCCCCGUUAUGCCUUUAUGGAAACGGCCUGGAGAAACUGGAGAUCUUGGAUUUAUCCCAUAAUUUAAUCACAGAAUUCAACUUGGAACCUGACUGUAUAUCAACAAUAAAAAAAUUGUUAAUAAACAAUAACUGCUUUGAAAACAUUCCCAGCUGGUUUUUGACUUUUAGGUGUAUGCAGUUAGAGGAACUGAACUAUAGCAAUAAUCGUGCAGAGCAUUAUAAUUUCCUAAAACAUUUUUGCAAUUUCAGUUUGAUGAGGUUAAGAAAGUUGGAAAUGCGUGAUACUUGUUUAGUUGAUUCGGACAUUGCAUGGUUGAAGUGUUUGAAAAAUCUACAAAUACUUGACAUUAGCAAUAAAUCAUUAAAAUUGGAUAGGAAAUGCAUUAAUAGAUUUAAGGAGUUAAAUGAAUUGUUCAAACAUCCCCGCUGGACUAAUUUACAGAGCUUAACCCUUUGCAACUUAGAUAUAUCAAUGUUUCCUGAAGGAGUUUUCUGGAUAGUCACAUUGAAAGAAUUGAAUGUUUCUCAUAAUGUGAUAUCAUGGUUCCCCGAGGGGAUCGAGUAUUUAGUUAAUUUAGAAUGCUUGGAUGUCUCUAAUAACGACAUGUGUAUAAUACCUAAAGAAAUUUGCCAUUUAUUUAACUUGAAAGUGCUCUUAUUAGCUCAUAAUGUUUUGGAUGAGGUGCCUGAUUUGCCUGAAAAUUUGGAGGUGCUUGACUUGUAUGAUAACAAACUUGAGACCAUACAAAAUAUUUCCACAUUUAAAAAAAUUAAAUAUAAAGACUUUGAUUAUAACUAUAUAAAUUUAAAUGACUCUAAGGAUUAUUGCACUUCAAGGGACCAAUACCGAUCCAUGUAUGGUCACAAAAAUCGAAGCUCUUUCCCCAAAUUCAAGGAGUCAAGUUUAGAAUAUGAUGAUUAUAGCUGUUCAAGUGAUAGUGAUUUUGAUGAAAAUCCCACUUCUGAUCUGAUACCUAUUUGUGAUAUUGAAGAGGAUUGGGAUAAGGAGUGUGGAGAAUUAUUAGUUAGGGAACAUCCGGAUAUAACUCAGUCCGAUUAUGAAUAUGAGGUAGAAGUAACAACACACCAAUUUGUACAUAAUAAAUUUAAAUUAAUAUCUAAUAAUUCAUAUGUAAGUGAUGAGGAUUGGAUGUUUGAAGAUGCUGAUUAAGUAAUGUUUUAGGUUAAAAAAAAAACAUUUUCUAAAAUUGCUUAUUUAUUUGGGAUGGACAGUAAUAAGUUUAUCUUUACUUGUUAAGACAUAAUAAUAAAAAUGUUUUUUAUUUUU